AUGUCUUCUUCAAACUUCUUAUUUUUCUCGUUAGCUCUACUAAUCAUCACACCAUCCCCCAUACAAAAUUUUGGUUCUGCUACAUUGGAGGAAGCCAAUGGUAUUCUUAAAUGGAAAGCAAGCCUUGAAAUCCAAAACAAUUCGUUUCUCUCUUCAUGGAUUUCCCUCCCUUUGAAUUCCAGUGCAUUAGUUCCAUGCACUUCUUGGUUUGGAGUAGUUUGCAAUGCUGAUGGGAGCAUUCACAGGUUGAACAUCAGUUCAUUUGGCUUAGAAGGUACACUCCACCAAUUUCCAUUCUAUUUGCUACACAAUCUUACGCAUUUUGAUCUCUAUGACAACAACUUCUCUGGCCCCAUCCCAUCAGAAAUCCGACUCCUGACCAAACUUGUAUAUCUUGAUUUAUCAUUAAAUAAGUUUUCUGGAGUAAUCCCACCUGAACUUGGGAUGCUAGCCAGUCUUGAGUACCUCGAGCUGUCUUUAAAUAACCUGACUGGUUCAAUACCACAAGAGAUCGAUCGAUUAACAUCUCUCUAUGAACUAGGAUUGGCCAAUAAUCUUCUUCAAGGAGAAUUACCUCCAACAUUGGGAAAUUUGACAAACUUGGCUUAUCUAUAUCUCCAUAAUAAUAGUUUAUGUGGUCGUAUACCACCUAAUCUUGGGAAUUUGAAGUCUCUCACUUAUCUUGUGAUGAUCAACAAUCACUUUAGUGGUUCUAUUCCUUCAUCACUUGCCAAUCUGAGCAACCUACAAUAUAUGUAUCUCAAUGAGAAUAAAUUCUCAGGUCAAAUUCCUACUAAUAUUGGGGACUUGAAGUCUCUCACUGAUCUUGUGAUGACGAACAAUCACUUUAGUGGUUCUAUUCCUUCAUCACUUGCCAAUCUGAGCAACCUACAAUAUAUGUAUCUCAAUGAGAAUAAAUUCUCAGGUCAAAUUCCUACUAACAUUGGGGACUUGAAGUCUCUCAUUCAUCUUCACGUGAGCCAAAAUCAACUUGGUGGUUUUAUUCCUUCAUCACUAGCUAAUCUGAGCAACCUACAAUAUAUGUACCUCAAUGAGAAUAAAUUCUCUGGUCACAUUCCUAGUGAUCUCGGGAAUUUGAAGUCUCUCUAUGGUAUUGAGGCGAUUCAGAAUCAACUUAGUGGUUUUAUUCCUUCAUCACUAGCAAACCUGAGCAAUCUACAAUAUCUUUACCUUGGUGAUAACAUCUUAUCUGGUUCGAUUCCACAAGGAUUGGGAAGUCUAGAAUUGUUUCACCUACAAAUGUUCGAUAAUCAAUUAUCUGGUCAUUUGCCCGAAGAUUUGUGCCAUGGAGGAAAGCUUCAAAUUUUCACAGUAGAUGGUAAUCAACUCACUGGGCCUAUUUCAAGAGGCUUACGGAAUUGUUCUAGCUUAAUUAGGGCUCGUUUUGAUCGAAAUCAAUUCAUUGGAGAUAUAUCCAGCAGCUUUGGUAUCUAUCCACGCUUAGAGUACCUUGAUAUCAGUCACAAUAAUUUUCACGGGCAGCUUUCUCAAAAGUGGAGUAAAUGCAAGAAUUUGACAGCCUUAGUGAUGGCCUAUAACAACAUCAGUGGUAGCAUACCACCAGAGUUUGGAAAUUCAACUCAACUACAAAGACUUGAUCUUUCUUCCAAUCAUUUGGUAGGUGAAAUCCCAAAGGAGUUUGGGAAGAUGAAAAGUAUGUUGAAUUUGUCUUUGGCUAAUAACCAUCUUUCAGGUAUUAUACCUACAGAGCUCGGAUAUUGUGAACUCAUUGAAGUACUCGAUCUAUCUACAAAUAGACUGAAUGGGUCAAUACCAAGAAGUAUUAGUCAAUGGAAGCAUAUCCACUACUUGAAUCUUAGUAAUAACAUGCUCGGUGAGAAAAUUCCAUCUGAGAUUGGUAAAUUAGUUCAACUUACAGAAUUUGAUUUAUCUCAGAAUUUGCUCACACAAGAGAUACCAUCUGAAGUUCAAAGUUUGAAAAAUCUACAAAAGUUGAAUCUUUCUCACAAUAUACUGUCUGGUUCCAUUCCUAACGCUUUUACAAGUUUGCCCAGUGGGAUUGACAUCGACCUGUCCGACAAUGAGCUCACAGGUCCAGUUCCUCUUUGCUCUAACUUUCUGAACGCAUCUUUACAAGGCAAUCCAGGUUUGUGUGGAAAUUUUACAGGACUAAAAUCAUGUGCAAGUCAAAUCCCGAAGAAGAAAAAUGAUCUCUUUCAUCAUCGGAUCAUUCUUAGAGAUUCUCAACAGAAACCAUUUGACAAAGAAGGUGGUGAUUAUUUCUCCAUAACAAGUUUUGAUGGAGGAGUAGCAUAUGAUGACAUCUUGAAAGCAACAGAUAAUUUUGAUGAAGCAUAUGCUGUUGGGACCGGAGGAUAUGGGACUGUGUACAAAGCCCAGCUACAACCUAACAAUGUGGUAGCUGUCAAGAAACUUCACUCAUCAUCUGAGAAUGUUGAUCAAAAUGGAUUCCUUAAUGAGGUACGAACAUUAACGAACAUAAGGCAUCGAAACAUAGUGAAACUCUAUGGAUAUUGCUCACAUGCCCGCCACUCAUUUUUGAUUUAUGAAUACCUUGAAAAGGGAAGCCUUGGAUCAAUCUUAAGAAUCGAUGACUUAGCAAAAGAACUGGAUUGGUUGAAAAGGGUAAAUAUUGUAAAGGCUGUAGCUAAUGGUUUGGCUUAUAUGCAUCACGAUUGCUCACCUCCUAUAAUUCAUAGAGACAUUUCCGUUGCCAACAUCCUUCUUGAUUCUGAUUAUGAGGCACACAUUUCUGAUUUUGGCACAUCCAAGCUUUUGAAGCUAGACUCAUCCAACUGGACCACAAUCGAAGGAACACAUGGCUAUAUCGCACCAGAGCUUGCUUAUACGAUGGUGGUGACGGAGAAAUGCGAUGUGUAUAGCUUUGGGAUCGUGGCACUAGAAGUGAUCAUGGGAAAGCAUCCUGGUGAAUUACCAACAUUGUGUGCGGAGUAUCUGGUGUUAGCAAAUGUUGGAGAUAGUCGGAUUCCACUGCCUUCACCACAAAUUGAGAAAAAAGUUAAUAUGGUACUGAAUCUCUCAAGAGCAUGUUUGAACUCCAAUCCAAAAGAAAGACCAACAAUGCGCCAAGUUUCAAAUCUGUUGAUGAAGGCUUGAUAUUAGUGUACUUUGAAUGUUAUUUGCUUUUGUCAUGUUCCCUAUAUGCAUCCUGAUAAUAUGUAUUUAUUUGAAUGCCUUUUUGUUAUGAAACUUCUCAUAUGUUUUCUUAAAUCAUUAUGUAAUAGAUAAAAAAAUAAGUCAGUGAAGAUUGAUA